AGGAAAUCUGAAUACGAAGUCCCGCCUGCCUGGCAAGAGCAAGGUGUAUGAGAACGUGGUCGUCAUCAUGGGCGGGGGAGGGGCGGAGCUGAUGCCACUGCUGGGACUCACCGACCGUGCAUUCGGCGUAUCCUGCUCGCUGAAGGACGGAACUCUCCGACGCCAGAAGAGACCUGCCGGACAGGAAAUCUACACGGGUUACGGAGAGAGCGACAUGGAUGCUGUCGAGUUGAGGGUUGUGGCUGGCACUGACCCGCAGGGUACCGAGAGUCAGAUGAUACCCGUGGGGUCGAAGGCAACGCUCGCUAUCGUCUAUCCGCAUGCACAACCUGAUCGUAGAGACUGCAUGUGCAGUGUGGCUCCACGGGGGGCGAAAGCUGAGCGGAGCGUGACACUCUCGUUUUGCCAGGUGAAUCGCGGGCCUAGAGGCUACGAGCGGGCUGUAAGCCUGAGAGUGCUGAGAGCCGAUGGCAAGCGCUACGUCUACGCUUCGUUCAAGAUGUUCAAAUUCCCGGACAGGAACACGCUGUACUUCCAGUGCGACGUCAAGUUCAACUUCUGCGGGCCUCGCCGCACCUUUUGCCACCGACAGAAACAUGACUGUGAAGCAUCUACGCUGAGUAAGAGGAAGCGAAGGUCAAAUGAACAGGAUGAGAUCGAUCGUUUGAUGGAAAACGCAGAUCCGCCGCUGCCGGCAGCAUCCAGCUACGUCAUGGGCGACCACGGCGAAUCGGAAGACGAGGACGGCAAGAAUUCCACGACGGUCCAGCUGUACCGCGAUGUCAUCAUUGUUAUGCCAGGGGAACCUGCCUACGAGGCGAUGAAACUUGCAUCGUCGCGGGAGGACAGUGUCUGUCUACACGAAGAACGUAUGUGGUGGGCCACAGGAUUCACGUGCCUGGCCGUGAUUUGCCUGUUUUUCUCCGGAAUCGUCUGCUUCCAACUGAAGAACAUUCAGCGAACGUCAACGAAAAAGCAGAAGGCAUAUGCGGCUACUGAGUCGUCAGCGACAUCAGCACAGCGUCACAAGAACAGGAAGCGAAACGAUGACAAGCACGAUAACUCUUCUAACGAGAAAGCCAAUGACCAAGUCUCGAAUGUAACGACAGAAUCUGAUGUUAGCAAGAAAAAGGAAACCAACCUGUCGGAAAAUCUGCUCACCGCUUCAGAGUUAAUGCAAAUGAAUAUUCUCUAAAUUUUGGCAGCGAGGCUAUACACAUAUUAAUAAAAUUAUAAAUACGGUCGGUAGUUAUAAAUACUUCUCGAUCAUGCAAUGCGUUCUAGGACCGUUAACGAAAGCAUUUGACAAGUUCUAAUCACUGAUCUCUAUUAUACUAACUUAUUAGUAUUAUACUAGUUAGUAUAAUAGAGAUCGGUGGCUCUAAUGCAGUGGCGUCUUUGGUGCCGUCUGCCCAAAGAUCGUAGAGUGAACGCACUGAUCUCUAUAAUAAUAUCAUGACUAUAUAUUAUUAUAGAGAUCAGUGAGUGAACGGCACUCUAGAAUCUUUGCGUCUGCCUGCCAACCUUGUGCUGCCAUCUCUCGCCGAACAAUACGCAUGAAUAAUGAAUGUGAAGCACGGUAGCUUCCAACGUUGAAAUUGUCGUUUUAUGUUUGUGUUACAGUUUAGACAUUUAUAUUUCCGAUUCUCAUACUCUCAACGAUUUACUAUUAAAAUAUUGUUAUCACUAUAAUAAAUGUUCUCAUACAAUUCUUAUUACAGAAAGUUGUUUAGUAGCAUUUUUGUGUAGUACGCUGAUAUUUACACUCUUAGAACUGAAAAGUGUCGAAAACAGUAAAACGAGAUAACAAUUUUCUGUUCAAAAUCAGGGACAACUACCAACACAGACAUCCACAAUCGCAUAGAAAGAAAAAAAACAGUGAAGGCCAUUAUAUUCAUAUUUAUAUAUUAAGUUUAUUAUCCGAAAUAAACACGGCUCUGAUAUGCUGGAACAGUUUUCCAGCCAUUUGAAAGAACGCGUACAAUUUACAUACAGGUUUUGAAAUUAUUUACAACAUAGGGGGUGAAAAUAUGCGACUCACUUACGGUAUGUGUAUGCAUUUAAUUGCUGUAUUUUUACAUUACAUCAAAAAUAGAGUAGUUACACAUGGGUACAGCUUGACGACAGUGUGUUGUAACAUAACAGGCAAAAUAUAUCCUUUAAAUUCAAUCGUAUCACUUGAGCAAAAAGUUCCACUACGUGUUUAUAGACAAUAACGAUCAAUGAUACAGUGGUAAACCAAUGUAAACGUCAAAUCCAAUGCGAGGGAAAAACGAUAACGGAAAUUCAACGCUCGCACCCUGCCCACUGCCCUGCUGAUUGACCUCAGUGAUGUCGUGGGGUCAGAUCAUAGGCUGUGUUCCAGGGACGGCUCUGUAGCACACACAGUAUGUGGCAUGUACACGCACAGACGCGCGCGCACACACACACGCGCACACACACCCACUCACACGCAAUC